AUGAAUAUAUUAAAUCUCAUUAAUAGAUCAAAGAGAUUAAAUAUUCAAAAUUUUUCAAAAGUAACAACAACAAACUUAAUAUUGAGGAAUAGUAUAAAUAAUAGUAUAAUUUUCCCCCCCUCAAAUAAUGAUAAUUCAAUAUUAUCAUUAAAUUACUCAACAUCAACAACAAGAACCAAAAGAAAAGAUAAUCCAGUUGAUAAUAAUAAUAAAAGAAUUGGAACGAUUAAAAGACCAAUAUUUAAAACAUAUUCAGAAAGACAUGAACCAAAAUUAAAGAAUGAUUUUAAAGAAUUUGGUUUAAGUAAUGAAUUGAUUGAAUCAAUUAAAGAGAAUAAUUGGGAAAAACCAACAGAUGUUCAAAAACAAGUUAUACCAUUAAUAUUUAAAGGUAGAAAUACAGUUUUCUCAUCAGUUACAGGUAGUGGUAAAACUGGUGCUUACCUCUUACCUUUUAUACAAAUUUUAACAACUUUUAAAAGAAAUAAAUUAAAUUAUUUAAAAAAACAAAAACAAGACAAAGAGAAUGGCCAAAUUGAAAAUGAAUUUGAUGAAAAUUAUGAAUUAUUUAAUGAAGAAGAUUAUGGUGAUAAACCAUUUGAAAAGAAAAUUGUAAAAAAUAAUAAAUUUAAAAAAGAAAAAUUUGAAAAAUUAGAAGAAGCUGAAUAUAAAGAAGAAGAAGAAGAAGAAUUUGAAGAAGAAGAAGAAGAUGAUGAUGAAAAUGAAGAUGAAUUUAAAGAAUUUGAUGAAUAUUAUAAAAAUAAACAAAGUGAAUUGGGUAAUAAAGAAUUAGUUGAAAAAUUAGAAAGAAUUAGAAAAUUAAAAAUUAAAAAACCAUUUAAUGAGAUUGAUCCAAUUGGUUUAAUAUUAUUACCAAGUAAAGAAUUGGUAACACAAGUUUCAAAUGAAAUUAAUCAAUUGAUAAAGAAUAUUAGAAUUGAGGAAUCAACAAUCGAGGGAGGUGGUAAAAUUAGAGUUUUAUCAUUAAUGGGUGGUGUAAAUGAACCAAAACAAGUUAAAACUUUAAAGAGUGGUGUUGAUAUUAUCAUUGGUACACCUGGUAGAAUUUAUCAAUUACUUAACCAAGAGCAAUUGUCAUUACAACAAGUUAGAAUGACAGUGAUUGACGAAUUUGAUAAAUUGUUUAAUCUUGGCUUCUUCCCAGAUAUUAGAGAUAUUUUCCAAUAUUUACCACAAAUUAGAUCACGUACUAAACCAUUCUCAAUGCAAACCGUUUUGACAUCUGCAACAUUAACUCAUAGAAUGGAUAGUUUAAUAACUCGUUUCGCACCAAAUCAUUUAAUUGCAAAUUUAAAUGAGGAAAUGUCAGCACCAUCAUCAGUGAAACAAUAUUUCUACUAUGUUAAUUAUCGUCAAAAGAAUCAUUUACUUAUUUACUUUUUAAGAAGAAAUGGUAAAACUUCAUUAAAACAAAAGAAAACCCUUGUAUUUGCACGUACUCAACAACGUGUUGAAAAUACAAAGAAAAUGUUACAAUCAACAUUUAAAGAUGUAAAUGCAUUUUCAAUUCAUGCCGAUAUGUCAUUAGCACAAAGAAAUGAAGUCCUAACUCAAUUUAAAGAAUCACCAAUUGGUGGAACAAAUGUAUUGAUUUGUACAGAUGUUUUAACUCGUGGUGUACAUAUUGAAGGAUUGGAUGCAGUUGUAAAUUUAGAUGUACCACAUGUUUCAGAAGAUUAUCUUCACAGAAUUGGUCGUGUUGGCCGUAAUGGUGAGAAUGGUUUCUCUUUAACUUUUGUCUCACCUGAUAGAUUGAUCUUUAAAGUUGGUGAACGUACAGUUGGCUUAGAUGAAGGUCAUUUAAUUCAAGCAAUUGAAAAAUCAACUGGUGUAGUUGGUAGAUUCUCAAAAAUCCCUGGUCCAUGGAGAGGUUUGGGUGAAGGUAAACACCAAACUGGUCAAGGUUCACUCAUUGUUCCAAGAAAUCAACCAAAUCAACAACAAAGAAUUAAACAAAGAGAUGAUGAAAUUUAUGAAGACUUAUUAGAAGAUGGCGAUGAAGAUUUUGAAACUAUUGAAAAAUUCAAAGAUAUAUCAAAUGAAUUCCCAAAAACAGCUCCACCAAAAUUCUUUAAUAGAGAAGAAGUUUAUCAAAAUAAAAUUGAAAAGAGAGCAGUUGCUGAAUUAUUAGUAAAGAAAAAGAUUUUAGAAACUUAUAAAGGACCACCAACAAAAGAUGGUUUACCACGUGUUAAAUUCAAUCCAAAUGUAAAAUCACGUGAAUCAAAAAUCUCAAAGAUUGUUGUAGAUAGAAAGGGUGAAAUUCAUGAUCUACCCCAUUUAACCGAUUUUAAAGAGGGUCAAUAUCAUCAAGUACUUGAUGAUUUCGAUAGAAAACGUGCACUCAAAAGAGGUGUUGGUUUACCUGAAAAGAAAACUCGUGUCUUUUUACCUUCAAAAAUUGAAACCAAACGUUCUUUUAAAAAUAUUAAAAAUGAUCCAAUAAGAUUCGGAAAAAGAAAUGAUUAA